CCGGCGGCGUCCCCCAGCGUUCGACCCCGGAACCUUGGAGUCCCCGGGCCAACUGGGGAAGAGACCGGAAGGGACGUGAUGUGGCGAUUUGGGAAAAGGAAAGGAAGAGGAAGGGCGACGGACCAUGGCGGCUUUAGGAACUGUUUGCUGGGGUCUGGGGCGGAAGAAUUUGGCAGGCUGGGUGAUGGCUGGGGUCUCGCUCCCGGAUCGCGGAACUCACGCGGUGCUAUGGAGAAGAGGUUGUUCACAGUAUAAACAGGAGGACAGCAGAAAGGACCUGCCCUUCCCAAUGGAAAAUCCUUAUAAGGAACCUCUUAAGAAAUGUGUCUUAUGUGGGAAACAUGUAGAUUAUAAGAAUGUACAGCUUUUGUCUCAAUUUAUUUCUCCAUUUACUGGAUGCAUUUAUGGAAGGAAUAUAACAGGUCUUUGUGGGAAGAAACAGAAAGAAAUAACCAAAGCAAUUAAAAGAGCUCAAAUCAUGGGAUUUAUGCCAGUUACAUACAAGGAUCCUGCUUAUCUCAAGGACCCCAAAAUUUGUAACAUCCGAUAUUGAGAAUGAAUAAUGAAGUUAUUGCCAAUAAAUUCUUUUAUAAUAAGAA